AUGGCGGGAGACGCCGGGCGGGAAGCUGAUGGCCAUGCCGAUGCGACGAGCAGCGAAGGUCGAGUCGCAGUCAAAGGGGACAAUAGAGCCGAGACGGCGAGCGACGGAUCUGCGAUGCGGAAGGACGGGCACGACCGCGGCCCGCGACACGGGGACGAGGGGGAGGGCGCGAGCGCAGGGCGUGCGGAGGCGGAGAAGGGAGGGGAGGGGCAGGGAGAGCCGCGCCGCAGCAGGGCGGACGAUGAGGAGGGGUGCGAUGGGGAGGGCGAGACAAGGGGAGAGGUCUCGGAUGGUGGAGAAACGGAAGAGACGAGUGCGAGUAAGCGCGCGAACGGCGAACUCGGCGUGCGCGGUGACAGGGGAGCGCAGAUGAGUACCAGGAUGGACGAUGCGCGCACGACGACGGUUCGUGCCAAGAGAAAAUUCGAAUUGGAGGGGCAGGAAGCUGUGGAGGCGAAUAAACGCACUGCUCGAGCAGAGGAGGACGAGAUGGGGGACGAGGGCGAAGAGGGCGUGGUACGUGCAAGCACGGGAGAGACACGCGAGGGUCAUGGCGUGAGAGAUCUGCUGGCCGGGAGCAGCAGUGGAGCGGCGAAAGGGCCAGGGGCAGUUCAGGGUGAGCAACAGCAGCUGUUUGGUCACAGUGACGCUGUGGAGCAGGUUGACGCACUGACAGAGAGCGGUGAGGAGAGACACGGCGACGUGCAGGAUCGGAGGGCGGAUGUAGGGCAGUGUGCGACGCAGCGGACGCAAUGCGCAGGCGACGGUUUCGAGGCAGGUGGCUUGACGCGGCAGGGAGACGAGUCGGAGGUAGCGGAUCCUCAGGGCGAGCGGUGGUCCGUGGCACAGGAGCUCGGAAAUGAAUCCUCCGUCGCCCCAGUCGCUGCACAUGCAGCCGCUUCCGCAGCCGACGGUGCUGCUGCUGCCACUCCCGCAGUACCUCUUGCUUUCUUUGACCCUGGAGCGCCGAGCGCAGGAGACAGGGUGACGAGUGGCGGUGCAGCAGGUGGUGGGAUGGGCGGGGACACGGGUGGUGUGGGGCAGGUGGACGGAGGAGCAGGCCACGGAGGCGCGGGCGUGCAGGCAGCAGCGAUAGGCACGGAUGAUGGUGGGGCAAGCAGCGUGUUGGGGUGCAGGGAGGGAGUGCGGGAGCAACGCGUGGCGGAGGAGCGCGAGCAGGUUGCGCAGCACGCAGAGCGGUCAGUGCAUGGCGGGGGCGCUCUCGCGCUCCCCCCUGGCCAUGAGCGUGACUCGGGUUGCGAUUCCGGAUCCGGUGCGCUGCUGGAGUGCAGUGGCAGCAUGUCGCCCGUGCAACACACCUCCCCAAAUGACGCCCCACCCGCCUCCCACCCUCUGCUGCUCUCCCCUGCACCUCACUUGGGUGCCACCACAAUGCAGCUUGCAGCUCCUGCUGAUGCAACGUCGCCAGACACGGGGGGGAGCGGAGGAGGUGGAGGUGCAGGGGGGGGGCGAGGAGGGCGAGGGGACGGAGAAGGAGCGGCGGGUGCGAGUGAUGGGAAGCUGUUUCGCGGGGUGAGGCAGAGGCAUGAGAACCGGUGGGUGGCGGAGAUUCGGUACCCCAAGAAGCGCUCGCGCGUGUGGCUGGGCACGUUCAGCACCCCCGAGGAGGCAGCGCGGGCGUACGACCGCGCGGCCAUCAAGCUGCGCGGGCCCAAGGCGCGCACCAACUUCCCCCACCCCGCGCUCGCGGAGUGGCAGCCCCUGGCGGGGUAUGCGGGCGUGGAUCGCGCCAUGGGCGCGGCUGUGGGGACAGCGGCAGGGGGCGUGCUGAGCGAUGGCAGCGAGGGAGCAGUCGGGGCCGGUGGAGCAGGGCAUGGCGGGGGCGAGGAGUGGAGCAAGCGGGCGAGAGCCACACAGAGCCCUAUACGGCCUGGCCAGCAGGUGGUUGCUGCUGCAAGCGGGGGCAGUGCGAGGCAUGGAAACGAGCGAGCAGACACGUGGAGCGUUAAAAGCGAGGAGCGGGGAGGGCAUGGAGAGGCAGUGAAUGGUGGUGUGGGGAGGCAGGCGGGCAAGGAAACGGUGUCACAGCAGUGGCAGCAUGCAGGCGCAGCGGCUCUACCGCCUUGUGCCGGGCCUGCUGCUGCUGGUGGUGGUGCAGGCGUGGCAGGGCAAGUGGUGCAACACAUGCAGCAGCAAGGUCUGGCGGAGAGGCUGCAGCAAAGCAGCGCCCCUACAGGCAAUGCGGUGGGCAGCGACGCUCAGAGGCUGCUGCUGGGGCUCAUUGCUGCCAAUGCACAUGCUGCUGCUGCAGGCACGGCAGGAGGAGGGCCGGGUGGGGAGAGGCACAUGGCAGAUGGGGGAGAUGCAGCCGCAGCAGCAGCUGCAGCACAGGUGGCGGCGGCAGCAGCAGCAGGGAGCCGGGUGGGGAUUGCAGAUAAGCUGCUGCUGCUGGCCGUGCAACAGCAGGCGGAGGCGCAGCAGCAGAUGCAGUUGAGGCAGGCGGAGGCGGUGAGGCAGGCGCUGCUGUCAGUGGCCCCGGAGCAGAGGCAGCAGCUGCUGCUCGCCCUGGCGCAGGGCGGCAUGCUGCCCCUGGCAGCGCUGCUGCAGGCACCAGCGCAGGCACAGGCGCAGGCACAGGCGCAUGCACAAUCACAGGUACAGGCAGUGUUGCAAGGGCAGGGGUGGAACGCUCAUGACACAGGUGGUGAGGGGCUCCUUGCAGCGCUGCUGGCGAAGGUGGGCGGGGAGGACAAGAACAAUGCGGGGAACGUGAUCCAUGGGCUGCUGGCAGGGAUGGGUGGCACUGAUGCCGCCACUGUCGUACAACUGCUGCUGCAGCACCACCAGCAACAGCAGCAACAGCAGCAGCAGCAACAGCAGCAGCAACAGCAGCAGCAGCAACAGCAGCAGCAACAGCUACAGCAGCAGCAAGCAAGGCAGCAGCAGCAGCAGCUGUCGUUGUUGAUGGGGAAUGCAGGGCAGGCCAUGCAUGGCGUGGGGGGAGGCUUCUUUGGGGCGUCGGGUGAUGCAAGCGGCACAGUGCCUGGCAGCAGCGCUGCUGUCAUCAACUCCCUGGCUGCGCUGCUGGGAGGGGGGCAGGCUGGCAGCAGUGCGCGUGGGGGCCAUGCGAGCCAUGAGUGGCUGGCGGCCGUGAGGCAGGAAGGCUCCGCCCAUGGGCCUGCUGCAUUGGCUGCUGCCGCAUGCAGUGCGGGUGUGGGGCCGGGGGACGGCAGGGAGGCAGGGGCAGGCGCAGCAGUGUCACAGCACUCCUUCCUCCCUGCACAGUGGGAGACGGGCGUGCGACAGGGGGGAGGAAUGGUGGGUAAUGGCGUGCAGGCGCAGCUUCCCCAGCAGCAGGUGCAGCAGCAGCAGGCACUGCAGCAGUGGGUGCAAGGGCAGCAGCAAGCACAGCAGCAAUCACAGCAGAGGGCGCACACAGAGCAGCCGCAGGCACACGCACAGCAGCAGCUGCUGGCGCUGCUGCAGCAGCAGUCCGGUUCGGGGGGAGGGGUGGCACAGUGGCUGCUGCAGGCCUCAGGGCAGGGGAAUGGCGACAUGGCGCUGCAGGCCCUGCAGCAGCAGCUGGGGCGUCGCCCCUCGCGCCGUCUCAUUCCGUCUCCCCUCCGGACUCGGCGCAUCGCCGCCACCUGCUACAUCCGACCCGCCCCACCUCCCUCCCCGCCAUUUUCCCGCGCCCCUUCCGCCUGCUGCGCCCCGCCGCACUGCGUGUCCAACGGGCGACUGGAUUCCGCGCGCUCACUCAGCCAGGAGAACGAGGGGCGCACCAGUGGCAUGCGCGGAAUGAGCGGCGUUGGCGCGGAGGCUGCUGGCGCCCGGGCGGAAGCAGCGACAGGCGUAGCGGUGGAAGGGGAAAGCCGACGUGAGUCCAACGGCGCUGCGCGGACGGUUGGCGAGGGCGGGGAACGAGGGGGAAGCGAGGGGAUGACGGGCGACCACGGGGAGGGGACGGCGAUGAAGGGUGCUGCGACGGCGCGGACUGGCGCGGGGGAGGAGUUGCCCCCUGCUGUAGGGGCGGGGGGCAGCGAGAAGCGGGGCAAGGGGAAGAAGGGAGGCGGAAGGGAAAAGGGCGAGAGUACGGGCGAUGGCAGGGGGGAUGAAGGAGGCGGGGGAGAGCAGCGGAGCAAGGGCAAGCGGGGCGCGGGCAUGGUGGUGGGGGGGUACGAGGUGGAGGGCGUGUCGGUGGGCGGGCAGGAGACGUGUGUGAUAAUACCGAGCAUGCGCGUGGCGUUUGACAUCGGCAGGUGCCCUGCGCGCGCUGUCUUCCAAGACACCGUGCUCAUCUCCCACACCCACAUCGACCACGUGGUCCGUGCCGCCCCGCCCCGCCCCGCCCUGCCCCUCGCUGCCUUGGGAACGCCGCAUACCCGCUACACGCUUCACGCACGGCUGGAAUUCUUCCUGGCAUUGCGCAGCGUGAGCCCGCCAUGCCCCCAUACGUCGGCUCAUCCCCUUUCCACUCCCCCCUUUCGUCCUCCCCCUUUCCCCCACCACCCACCCCGACCGCCAACCCCCCACCACGGCAUGCGGGUGUGUGCAGGGCGGGCUGGCGUUCCACGUGGCGACGAGGGGGCUGUUCUCACUGGCGCCGCCCACAGUGGUGGUGCCGCCAUCAGCCGUGCAGGGCGUGACGGCCAUGAUACAGUGCUUCCAACAACUCGACCGCAGCACCCUGCCCCUCCAACUCAUACCCCUCCAGGUGGGCGAGGAGAUGCGGGUGAAGAAGGGCUAUGUGGUGCAGCCGUUCACCACGUACCACGUGCUGCCCAGCCAGGGCUAUUUGAUCUCGUCUCGGAGGCACAAGCUGCUGCCGCAAUAACGGAGGAGGUGGAGGUGGGCGAGGUGGCGUUUACAGGCGACACAACAGCGGAGUUCAUCACGGACCCUGCCAACGCCCAUGUGCUGCGCGCCAAGCUGCUCAUCAUGGAGGUGACGUUCAUUGAUGACUCGGUCACCAUAGAGCAUGCAAGGAAGUUUGGCCACAUUCACAUCAACGAGCUGCGCCCUCUGGCGCACAUGUUUCAGAACGAGGCCAUUCUCUUCAUCCACUUCUCAGCGCGAUACAACCGCCAUGUCAGUACGCCACCCCCCUCACUCGCGCCCAUGCACUGCUCGCGCCACGAGUUGCCGUUGGUUGGCCCUGGCACGUGCUCCUUUCGCCAUUCCUGCUCAUGCGCCUGCUCCCUGCUUGCUGCAGGAGAUAUUGGAGAGCAUUGCUACACUGCCAGAGCCAUUGAGAAGCAAGGUCACUCCAGCCCUCAUCUCACCUCGCGUUGCGCUAGACGAGCGCGCGCCACCAUGGACGUGCUGGCGCGGGGAAUCCGUCCCCCGCCUCCCCUUCUCCGCCCCGCUUUCCUCUCCUCCCCCUCGUCCCCGCGCGCCCGUUACCAUCCCCCGAUCCGGAUCAAUGUCCGCGCUGCCAUGCACGCGCCUUCCGCACUCCGCUGGUCCGCGCUGAACCACGCGCGGGGUGGCGUAUUGGCGGCGCACAGAGGUUGGGCGCAAGGGACAUCGCGCGAAAAAUGUGGGCGGUGGCGGAGCGGCAUGGCGGAAGGAAGCCGGGCGGGGCGCUGUAGGGGCGGCGGUAGGCAACGGUACAGACCGGUUGAAGUGCGCGCUGCUAGCGCGGGACGCGGGGAGGAGGGGCGAGUGGGUUCGGCGGAGCACGAGAGGGCGGACGGUUGGGGCGCGGACGACCCGCAGGCGCGGGCGGCGGAUGGAGUAGGGACGGUUGGAGACGAGUCGGUGGGGGAGGGGCGGACGGAGGCGGGGAUACGUGACGACGAGGGUGGGGGGGUGGGCGGGGUAGGGUGGGAGGGUGGCGGGAUUCCGCGAGAGGUGGCGGAGGCAAUGCUGCAGGUGAGCGUGCAGGCGCUGGGGCGAGGAGAGGUGCAAGCAGAAGUGGGGGAGGCGAGGGCGCAAGCAAGGGACGGCGAAAGCAUCAGUAGAACAGCGGGUCAGCAAGGUCAAGACCACGAGCACGAGCAGGCGCGCAGCAGCGCCUCUGCGUCAUCGUCCAACGGCGCAGCGACGGCGCCCGUUCCCUCUGCCACGCAGCACGCCCCCGCGGCGUCACCACGCACGCAAGCGCGAAGCCAGCCACAAGCACAAGCAGCGCCACGCGGCGCAGAGGGGCCGCCCUGGGCGGCACAGGAGGCGGGACGCACAUGGGGGCGGGGAGGUGGGGGGGGCAGCGGGCGGGCAUACCGGAACUUGUUCCUGGCGGUGGCGAUGUGGCAGACGCACGUGGAGCGCGCUGUGGACCGGCUCUUCCGCGACGAGCUCGCCCGCCGCGCACUCGUCACCACGGCCCUGCUGGCCCUGUCCCGCGUGGGCUAUGCCGUGCCGUUGGCUGGCCUCAAGGAGGCUACCACUGCCACCCACGACCACCCGCUGCUCAUGGCCGCCGGGUUGGAUCUGGAGGUGGCAUCACCGGGAGGUCCCAUCAACCUGUUCGCUCUGGGCAUCACACCGCACAUAUUCGCCUCCAUCAUCCUUCAGGUGGUGUUGGCGCUGCGCAUCUCACCACAUCUCAACAACCUGCGCAACGAGGGGUCAAGGGGUGCUGCACUCAUCCAGCGAUACACCUUCUACGUGUCAGCAGGGCUGGCAGUGGUGUUUGGCGGGCUGACAGCAUGGACGUCCAUGGACUGCACUGGCGCCCUCAGAGUGUGGCUGCCGUCGUUCCUGCGUGCGUCCCUGGCCCUGGCAGCGGGCUCCACCAUGCUGCAGGGCCUCUGCUCCGCCAUCACCAAGUUCGGCGUCGGCGAGGGCUACUCGCUGCUCAUCUGUCUGAGCAUCCUGUCGGGCUUCACAGCAUCGCUGCAGCCCGCCCUCGCCCUCUUCAAAGAGCGUCUGCUGUCGGACCCGCACGUGGUGGCACUGCUGGCGCUGCUGCUGACGCUCUUUGUGCUCACCACCUUCGCGGCUGCGUGGCUGGUGGGGGGAGUGCGCCGUGUGCCGCUGCUCUACUUUGACUUCAACAUCACCACGCCCUCUCUGGAGGAGAGGGCGCAGGUGCAGCCAGUGGUGCCGUUCCCGCUCAUCCCCCAGGGCAUGUACCCCGUCUUCAACGCCUCCCUGCUCGCCUCCUCCGCCACCAUGAUUCUCCGGGAGGUGGGUGGGUACAACGUGGCUGCUGCUCCCCUGCACGUGCGUGCGCUGGGCCACACAGCCGUGUUCCUCAUCACCAUCCUCUUCAACAUAUACGACCUGGACGACACGAUAAAGGACAUAGCGGACAGUCUAGUGGCGAUAGGGGCGAGGGUGCGGCAUGUGAGGCCAGGGGCGGAGACAGCCGAGUUCCUCAGAGACGCACGUGACUCCACUCGCUUCCUUGGUGGUGUGCUGCUAGCAUCCAUGGCGUCUGCAUCAUCAGCAGUUAGUCUGUUUGUCUACCGAAUUUCGGGGAUCUCCAUAGCUUUCACAUCACUUCUGAUCAUU